AUGAGCAAAAUGUAUCUCAAGGAAUGCGUCGCAGAGCUUUCAUGCCAGCUCCAGGGCAACGAGGAGAAGCUGACCGUGUACGAACGGCGUGGGUCUACUAGCGCUCUGGCGAACGGUGGCGCGCAGCCAGAGGUCUCUGGCGCUGAUCAUCUGUGCAAGGAGCAGCACCUCAAGGCUGAGGUGGCCGAACUCGACCUGGCGAAUGCGCAAGGCCAUGUGCAGCAGUUCCAAGAGAUCAGCCAGGCAACUGAAGUGGUGCUAGCGGGCUUGAAUGCGACCUACGAUGACUGCAAGUCAUCCACGGAGUCACAGCUCGCGAAGCACGAGUCUGACUAUAACGCUCUGUCGGAGAACUUGCACGUCGUCCAGCAGGAGCUGACGGCAUCUCGGGAGGUGAUGACGGAGACGAAGCGCACGUUUGACAAGGAGUGGGAGUCGUAG